AUGUUGCAUCAUCUCAAGGACAAGCUGCACGACAAAGUUCAUGGGUUCCAUGAACUGAUCACCUGUACAACGAGCCAUGUCGUGGAGUUAUCUGAUCAAGUCAUACAACAACUGGAGAACGACGCUGAGGUUGCUCUCCAUGCCAUGACUGAACACCUCCAGCAGAUGAGUGACGACGGAAUUCCUCUCAAAGAAGCCAAUGCAAUCGCUAGGAAGGUAGUCACCGGAAUUGACAAAGUUUUGGUUUACCUUGAGUUUGUCACGGACACGCAUCCCAUGGCUAAGCUGGUGGUGUCUUCGAUCCGCACGGUCGUAGAAUUCGAGAAGGCGAGGCAGGAGAACACGGUCUUGAUCGCAAGAAUCCAUGCCUCGAUGAUCAACGCAGCGUUCCAUAUGAGAGUACUCGCACCCCUCAUGAGAGAGCGGGACGUGCUCAGCCACACCAUGAACUCUGUCCUCCAAGCCAUGGCUGUCACCAUCAAGGAAUUCGGAGCGUUCGUUGAAAACCGUCAGAAGAUAUUCAAGUUUCUCAUGGCUCAGUUGCACAACAAGCAACUCGACCAGUUCAGCGGAAACUUCGAAAAGUACAGAUCACAGCUUCACGACAUCUGCAUGACCCGAGCUACUGUCAUGACACAACGCAAGCUCAAUGCCGCCCAGGAACAGUUAGAGACCGUGAUAAAGAACACUCGCGACAUCAAAGAGAGUUUACAAGAUCUACUCGGUGAAGAUGCAGAGACGAUAGCCGCUGUUGAGACGUAUGUUACAGUCAACGGAGGUUUCGAGCACGUAAUACAGGACGAUCACCUCCUCGACCACGUUGGAGAACUGCUUGGAGAGAACGUCAGUCACAGGGUGAAGACGUCCUUGCGCCAUAAUUAUGAAGACCUAUUGAAGGAACACGCCGAGCGGUACGAGAUGAAGCUGCAGGCUGUAGAGGGCAACAUGAUACAUGCGAUCAAGACCUCGAGUUCUGAACUUUCAAGACAGAUCAAGGAAGGCCCACACGAGCUGAUUGACGAUGCCGACAUCAAAGAGAUCUGGAGGAGUUUACGUGAAUACUACCAAUACAAGAUAUGCAAGAAGUCCGAUUCAAUAGAAAAUCUGCAAGAUGCUUGGACUGUCGACUUCUUUGCUCGCAUGAUGUACCAUUCAGCUAUUAGCGACCUAGUUGACGAAGACGGGAGCGGCUUUGUAACCGCAACGGAGGUGAACACGUUCUGCAGCACGAAGGGCCGGAGACCACCGCAGUGGACCACCCCGCAGUGGUUGGCCUUUUGUGCCUCGGGAUGGUAUAACAACAACGCAUGGUAUUACUCUCGUAUCAAGAACAUGCUCAAACAGAUCGAUGCCGAGGUCCAGAAGGUCAAAUCCAGUGAACCUGGAUGGAAUCAUCUACAGACCAUCGUUGCGUCACUGAAACCGCUGCUCUUCAUCGAGGACGUGGACGGUGACGAAGAGCUUCAGGACGAAAGGAAAGAUGCUGUACACCAUCUACUUCGGCUCCAGGAAGACUACAGGAGCAGUGAACUGAAAUGGAUCCAGCCCAACCUCGAAAAGCUGCAGUACCACCUCGACGAUAAAGCGGCGGUUACGGCAGCCAUGGGUGACCAUCGGAUUGAGCUGCACAUCAUGUGCAUUCUCUACCUCUUUGUCGAGCACAUGCUCAAGGAAAUUACCGAGCAUGGCAACAUUCACAACGUCGAAGACGUCGCGGAGUCUUGCAUGGUGUCUUACCUCGCCUUCGAGGAUCGCAUCCACGAGCUGAUGCGAGGAUGGCGGUCGCAAGGCCGAGACGUCAACCUACAGCUAGCUCGCUAUGCAGACGGGUUGUUUAGGAACAUCGAGAGAGAGGCUCCGAAGCGUAAGAUGGCAAUGGAGACGCUCUGCACCCUGCUCUUCGGCACAAGGUCUACGAACGCGGCUCGGUAUUCCAACAUGAUCCGGGCCGCCUCUCGCCAUUCUCCGCACUCCCAACUCAGCGAUCUCGUCGCUCGCAUGGGCGACGUCGUCUCCACACAGGAUGAGCUCGUCCACCAGAUGUCCCAGGUCGUCUCCGAGCAAGCCUCCCUCGCUUCCCAGUUACUGCAAAAACGACAUCCUCUCUCCUCUCGCCGGCAACUGGUCCAAAACCUCCAGACCAAGUUCAGCUGCGAGUACGCCAAGCAGGAGUUCGCAAACUACACCAUCACCGGUUUCUACAAGAACGCGGGGACGUUCUCCUACGUCUGCAUCUUCGGAGCUGGCCAGCGCCAUGAAGUUCCUGAGUACACGUACGGCUCGCUCCCGACCGGCGAGGCCGCUCUCCAAUUCUUCACGCAGAUCGUGAGCAACUCGUCCCUCGUCACGACAUAG